AUGGAAGCCGCAAGUGGGCAAGCGAGUGACGGAGAUAAGCCACAAGAGGAGGUGGGGAGCGUUUCCUGCGUAGAGAGGAGAUCCAGCACCGUCCCUGCCAGAGAUGCUCUGGUCCGUCAUGCCAAGGGCCUGAAACAGGAUACCUUCAAAAUUUGUAAAGAAUACCUGAGACCGCUGAAGAAGUUCCUGCGAAAGUUGAACCUGCCCAAGGACCUUCCCCAGAAGAAGCGGAUAAAAUACACGAAGCAGAGCCUUGAGGCCCUCGGGGACCACAUCAACACCUUCCUGCAGCAUUACUGCCGAGCCUGGGAGACCAAGCACUGGAAAAAGAUGCUCUGGCGGUUUGUCUCUCUCUUCUCAGAACUGGAAUCCAAGCAGCUUCGCCGGCUUUAUAAGUAUACCAAAACCAACCAAACAGCCAAGUUCCUGGUCGCGUUCUGUCCCUUGGAUGCACCCUUGCUGGUGAGCAAGAGAUCCUUGCUGGCCAGCCAGGAGGAUAGUCUUCCCAGGCUCUGCAGCGCCUGGGGCUUGCAUGGAAAUAUCAGCGGCAUGAAGGAGAGGUUGUCCAAGAUGCAGGCCCCUGGUCGAGAGUCUGGCCUGCUGGUGGAGCCAAGAUCCUCAAACUACUUGAGAGGAGAUUCUUUAAGGAGACUUUCUCAAAAACCAAAGCUGAAGAAAAAGCAGAUUAAAGAGAGCCCAGAAUCUCCCAAGAGCUACCCAUGA